AUGCAGAAGCCUCACAGAAAACGGACUAUCGUAUCCUGCCUCGAAUGCAGACGCCGGAAGCUACGAUGCAAUCGCUUAGAGCCGUGUAACCAGUGCUCUAGGCUGAACAAGAACUGCGUCUUUGCGCCUCCCAUUAACGAUGACAAGGAACCAAAGAAGACGAGACAGACUCCACCCAGCUUGGACUCACAUAUUCAUCCGCUCCAGAGAUCCCCCCCGCAGCCUGAGACGACUAGGAUAGCUCCAACUCCGUUGGCAAUUUUUGAUGCCUCCUACUCUACCGGGUAUAACAAAAAUGAGGAAGAAUACAACAGAGCAGACACCGGCUUUAGAUAUGGACGCCUGGGGCUUACUGACCGCUUGGGCGGAUUUUUUCGACCGCUGUUGGCCCAAGAGGUCAAGUCGACGCUGGUUACGUUAGAGCAGAAACUGAGAGAGAAUGGGAGGCUGGUACCAGUGGAUUUAGAAGCAAGUUUAAAACUUAGGCAAGAAGAUUUCUCUUUCCAGUCCAGCAAGUCUAUUCUUCCAAUGUCACUUGCGUCUCUCGGCACCCCAACUCCAGCUUUACCGGGUCGACUAGUUGCGGAUCGGUUGAUGUUAGCAUUCGCCCACAAUGUCAAUCAUAUCGCCAGGAUAGCCCAUAUGCCGACGCUGUAUAAUAUAUAUGAAAAUUUCUGGCGACAGACAAAUGACGGGUUUAGCCCCUCCGGGCCCUCAGCUGCUCUCGUUCAUGCAUCGAUCUUCGCCGGUCUUGUGAGUUUGGACUCUUCAGAUGUCCUGAGGGAUCUUGGUACUGCCAAGGAUAUCCUGUACGAAGAAUUCAAAUCUCGAGCCGAGCACGCACUUCACCAUACCGAUUACAUGCAAACUACGAAACUUGAGGUUCUCCAGGCACUGGUGGUUUACCUUAUUCCUCUGUGUCGUAGCGAAAUUUCACGAGCACAUUCAGUCAUCAUCGGGGCAGCCAUCCGGCUUGCGCAGUGUAUGGGUCUCCAUCGUGAUGGCACGCACCUCGGACUCGAUCCUUUAGAAACGCAUGUCCGUCGUUUGAUUUGGUAUCAAUUAUGUUUCCUUGACAUCAGAACGUGUGAAGCUCAGGGGCCACAGCCCAGCAUCCGGCAGGAAGACUUUGACACCUUGCUACCAUUGAGUAUGAACGACGAAGCUGUGCAUCCCGUGGGACCUCCUCCUACCUCUCAAGACGGCCACUGGACAGAAAUGACCUUUUCGCUGAUCCGUUUUGAAUGUCACGAAAUGCAACGAAAACUUUUUGUAGCCCGAGAACGCUUGCAGCGGGGGAUUAUCGACCUGAAUUCAAUCAUGCGCGAUAUUCGCUCCUUCGAGGAAUACAUGGCUCGCAAAUACGAUCAUUUGAUCGACGAACGAGUGCCUCUGCAGAAAUGUGCAGCGCUUGUAAAAUCAUUCAUGAUGACUCGUUUCUAUGUAAUGAUUCUCCAUCGCUAUAAUGGGUCAGUUGAAAAACCAAUGCCCGAGCGGCUUCAGAAAACGCUGUUAGACAUGGCGACACUGAACCAGGAAAUCGGCGUGGCUCUAGACUCAGACCCUGACAUCGCUUCUUGGGAAUGGUAUACCGGGGCCUAUAACCAAUACCAAACAACAUUCCUGUUGAUCACGCAUUUGUUGAUUUUCCCAGAUGACGAACACGCAGAUCGAAUUUGGAAAUGUGCGGAUUUUGUGUUUGACACAGACCCGGAUACAAAUAGAGAGCAAAAAUGCUGGGAGCUGAUGACGACGCUGCAGAGGAAAUCGGCCGCUUACCAUAUGCUGAGAGAGACUAAAGCACCACCAGUGGCUAUGAAUUGGCCUUACCUUGGACAGGGUCAUGACAUACAGAGUUUGAAAGCGGAAGCCCCAGGCAUCGAAGCACUUGGAGAUAUAUGGGCAGAUUUUGACUGGGAUGAAUGGGAUCGUAUCUUUAAUAGGGAAUCAGCUGACAUAGAAGCAUUCGCCUAA